UCAAGAUUCAACAACAACAUCAUCACCAUCACCUUCUCUUCCAAUCUAAAAGAUACGAUUUUGAUUUCACUCUUGUACCUUUCUCCGGCUAUCCACCACCAACAACCACCGUACCUCCUGGUGGGGCCCGUCUUCCACCACCACAUCCGGGCCCCACUUCCGUAGAUUACAUCUCGUAGCAUCAAAACCCCCCCUUCUCACUGGAAGAUCCAUCAAACCUAUCUGUAUCUCUUCCCUAUUACGCAUUAAACUUUCUGUAAAAGUUGUAUCCAUUUUUGCCUUUGGGAUCUCUUCUCUGAUCCACAUCCAACCCAGAAGGGGUUUCUUUUUCACUAUUAAGAAAGCAAUAAAAUACAAUAAAAUAAAAUCCCACAAAAUUGAUUAUAAUAAUUAUCUGGGGUUUUAUUCUAUAUUAUAUUUUUCGUUGUUUACAUUUUCGUUUUUCGGUCUUUUCUUAAUGUGGGUUUUAGGGAUUCCUGUGAUGGGUAUUUGAAGACAAGUGAGUGAAGAGAGGGAAAAGAAAGAAGACGACAAAAAGCUCUCUACUUUCUUUGUUUACAUUUCGUUUUCGACCUUUUCUGAAUGUGGGUUUUAGGGAUUCCUGUGAUGGGUAUUUGAAGAUGGUGAGUAAAAAGAGGGAAAAAGAGAGAGAAAAAUAGAGAAGACGACAAAAAGCUCUCAACUUUCUUGCUGGGUUUCUUCAAGGGAUUUGACUGUUUGAAGUGGGUUAUCUCUCAGAUUUCAGUCAAGAUUUCAUUCAGGAUUUCAAGUGCCGUUUAUGUUUGUAUGAGUGUGUGAAUUAGUGUGUGCUCUGUUGAUUCAAUGGAUACAAAAGGACGACUAAUUGCGGGUUCACACAACAGAAAUGAGUUUGUUCUUAUCAAUGCAGAUGAAGUUGGAAGAGUGACUUCUGUAAAAGAAUUGAGUGGGCAGAUUUGCCAAAUUUGUGAAGAUGAAAUUGAAAUAACUGUGGAUGGGGAGCCAUUUGUUGCUUGCAAUGAAUGUGCGUUCCCUGUUUGCAGAACCUGUUAUGAAUAUGAAAGAAGAGAAGGAAAUCAAGCUUGCCCUCAGUGCAAAACCAGAUACAAACGAAUUAAAGGGAGUCCAAGAGUAGAUGGUGAUGAAGAAGAGGAUGAAUUUGAUGAUUUGGAUAAUGAAUUUGAUCUUGGAAGCAAUCAUCGGAGGGACCCACAUAGUUAUGCUGAGGCAGUGCUUUCUUCCCGCCUCAAUUUCGGCCAUGGUGCAUCCAAUGGUUCUGGCUUUGCCACCCCAUCAGAGAUGGAAGCAGCCGCCCUAGACCCCGAGAUCCCUCUUCUUACUUACGGUCAAGAGGAUGAUGGAAUCUCGGCUGGUAGGCAUGCUUUAAUCAUCCCUCCAUUCAUGGGUCGUUCAAAGAGAAUCCACCCGAUGCAGUUCUUCGAUACUGCUUCAUCAGUUUCUUUGCCACCUAGGCCAAUGGAUCCGAAGAAAGAUUUAGCGGUUUAUGGGUAUGGAACAGUUGCAUGGAAGGAUAGAAUGGAGGAAUGGAGAAAAAGACAGACUGAUAAACUCGAGAUGGUUAAGCACCAUGGAAAUGGUGGUGGUGGCGGCGGCCAUAGUGACGGAGAUCUAGAUGAUGCCGACUUACCAAAGAUGGAUGAGGGGAGGCAACCACUUUCGAGAAAGUUACCGAUACCUUCUAGCAAGAUAAAUCCUUACCGAAUGGUCAUUUUAAUGCGAAUGGCGAUUCUUGGUCUCUUCUUUCAUUAUAGAAUCUUGCACCCUGUCAAUGAUGCGUACGGUUUGUGGCUCACAUCGAUUAUUUGUGAGAUAUGGUUUGCCGUUUCAUGGAUCUUGGAUCAAUUCCCAAAAUGGUUCCCGAUUGAACGUGAAACAUAUUUGGACCGAUUGUCACUAAGGUAUGAGAAAGAUGGGAAGGCUUCAGAGCUAGCUCCUAUCGAUGUGUAUGUGAGUACGGUGGAUCCACUGAAAGAACCACCGCUCAUUACUGCAAACACAGUGUUAUCCAUCCUUGCGGUGGAUUAUCCUGUGGAUAAGGUCGCUUGCUAUGUUUCCGACGAUGGUGCCGCCAUGCUUACGUUUGAAGCACUCUCGGAAACAUCCGAGUUUGCACGAAAGUGGGUUCCGUUUUGCAAGAAGUUUAAUAUAGAGCCACGUGCUCCCGAGUGGUAUUUCUCCGAAAAGGUUGAUUAUCUUAAAGGCAAAGUACAUCCCGCAUUUGUCCGAGAACGCCGUGCUAUGAAGAGGGACUAUGAGGACUUUAAGAUCCGGAUAAACGGGCUUGUGUCCAUGGCACAGAAGGUUCCGGAAGAGGGAUGGACGAUGCAGGAUGGUACUCCAUGGCCCGGAAACAAUGUUAGGGAUCAUCCCGGGAUGAUCCAGGUUUUCCUCGGAACCAACGGCCUCCUAGAUGUUGAAGGAAACAAAUUACCGCACCUUGUUUACGUUUCUCGAGAGAAAAGGCCCGGAUUCGACCACCACAAGAAAGCCGGUGCCAUGAAUGCUUUAAUCCGAGUGUCGGCAGUUAUAACAAACGCACCUUUCAUGCUCAAUGUAGAUUGUGAUCAUUAUAUAAACAAUAGUAAAGCCCUUCGGGAGUCUAUGUGCUUCAUGAUGGACCCUAUAUGCGGAAAGAAAAUAUGUUACGUUCAAUUUCCUCAAAGAUUUGACGGGAUUGAUCGUCAUGAUCGAUACUCAAAUCGAAACGUUGUCUUCUUCGAUAUUAAUAUGAAAGGAUUGGAUGGAAUCCAAGGACCGAUAUACGUUGGAACUGGUUGUGUGUUCAGGAGACAAGCGUUGUAUGGAUACGAUGCUCCGAUCAAGAAGAAACCCCCCGGAAAAACGUGCAACUGCUUGCCGAAAUGGUGUUGCUGUUGUUUUUCGUCAAGUAAAAAGAAGAUGAAGAAAAUGAGGGAAGCUUCGACUCAAAUACAUGCACUAGAGAAUAUCGAAGAAGGAAUCGAAGGAAUGGAUAGUGAAAAGUCGUUGCUCAUGCCUCAGAUAAAGUUCGAAAAGAAGUUUGGACAAUCUCCGGUGUUUAUCGCUUCAACGCUUUUGGAAGAAGGCGGCAUUCCUCCCGAAGCUAGCUCUGCAUCGCUUUUGAAAGAAGCGAUUCAUGUCAUAAGUUGCGGUUAUGAAGACAAAACCGAAUGGGGAAAAGAGGUUGGAUGGAUUUAUGGUUCGGUUACAGAAGAUAUCUUGACGGGGUUCAAGAUGCAUUGUCACGGGUGGCGGUCGGUGUAUUGCAUUCCAAAAAGGCCGGCUUUUAAGGGUUCGGCUCCAAUUAACCUGUCGGAUCGUCUUCACCAAGUUCUUAGGUGGGCUUUGGGGUCGGUUGAGAUCUUGUUGAGCCGACAUUGUCCAAUAUGGUAUGGUUAUGGCUGCGGUUUGAAGCCUUUGGAGCGGUUUUCGUAUAUAAACUCUGUCGUAUAUCCAUUGACCUCCAUCCCGUUGGUUGCUUAUUGUACGCUUCCGGCCGUCUGUCUCCUCACAGGGAAAUUCAUCGUUCCUGAGAUAAGCAAUUAUGCUAGCAUUCUCUUCAUGCUCAUGUUUUUGUCAAUUGCGGUAACGAGCGUGUUAGAAAUUCAAUGGGGUGGUGUCGGUAUCGACGACUUUUGGCGGAACGAGCAGUUUUGGGUCAUCGGUGGGGUCUCCUCCCAUCUUUUCGCUCUCUUCCAAGGUCUCCUAAAAGUCUUGGCCGGAGUCGACACAAACUUCACUGUUACCUCAAAAGGAGGCGACGAUGGGGACUUCGUCGAGCUCUAUCUCUUCAAAUGGACAAGUCUCUUGAUCCCACCGUUGACUCUAUUAAUCUUCAACAUCAUCGGUGUAGUCGUCGGGAUUUCGGACGCGAUCAGCAACGGAUACGAGUCGUGGGGUCCACUCUUCGGCAAAUUGUUCUUCGCAAUAUGGGUGAUUCUUCAUCUCUACCCUUUCCUCAAGGGUAUGAUGGGAAAACAAAGCAAUGUUCCCACCAUCAUCAUAGUUUGGUCAAUCCUCCUAGCCUCGAUCCUCUCGCUGUUGUGGGUCCGGGUCAACCCGUUUGUUAGCAAAGACGGGAUCGUGUUGGAGGUUUGCGGGUUGGAUUGUGAUUAGAAGAACGGGAGGAUCGAUCGGAAUCGGGAGCAUGUGGUGUGAAACAUCUAUGAGUAGUAGUAUAGAAUGAAAGAAAGAGGACUAGUAAGUGUUUGUAGAUAGAAAAAAGGCAUGGACUUGAGAUAGAUUGAGGUUUUGACUUUGAAAAGUCUUGUUUUGACCUUUUGACUUUUGAUUGAUUCUUUUAGGGUCAAGGAGUUUUGUGAGAGGAUGAAGGGAUGGAUUCCAGAAAUUUUACAAGUUUGUAAUCCCUAGAGAACAUAAAUUCUUACUUAUUUUCAU